AUGUGCUACCAGAUCAACUACAUGCUCCCGUGCGAGCACGUCCGGACACACAUCGUUUACUGCGCCGACGCCCCUCCCGUGCCCACAGCCUCGGAGUGGCCGUCCUCUCCGGCGGGGCCUCGGGCCGAAAAGCGCAGCAAAGGCCCCAAGGGCCCCAAGUCCCGAGGCGGCGGUAACAGCAGCAGCAGUAGCAGCAGCAGCGGCGGCCACCACCACCACCACACGGACGACACUAGGACAGGCCGUGCCUCCUCCUCGUCCUACUCUCCAGCAGCCACAACAGCAGCCACAGCCCAGACCCGGCGGCCGUGCAGGAACCUGACGCAGCAGUCGCUGCCGUACCCGACGCCGCCCAGCUUCGCAGGCAGCCCGACGGCGGCGGCGAGCUCGCCGCUGCUGCCAAAGUGCCCGCUGGAGCGGUGCCCGUUCGAGGAGCGGAACCGGUGCUGGAACUGCUGCUGGUGCGGCAAGCAGUGCAACGACACGGGCCGGUGCCGCUGCGUCAUGAUCAUCGAGGGGAACCAGGUCGAGUGCGAGCACAUUUGCUGCGGCAACUGCACCGCCGCUUGA